UCAUAUCGUAGUAAACAAGCAAAUCAUUGUCGUUUAAAAUGAAGUAAUAAACAGUGUUUACAAAAUAUGGGCAGAUAAAGUUUCACAACAACCAAGAGCAAAUUUUUAAAUCUUAACAGAAUUGACCGUGUCACGAAUUCAACAAGAGCAUAGACAAGAGUUCAAGAUGGACAGUCCCACCUUGUUUCAAUAUACUCAUGAAAAAUCAAGACUGAGUGAGGAUCAAAAACAAUUUUAUGAACGCAAUGGAUAUUUACUUAUUAAAAAUAAUGUGGAGGAUAAACUGUUGAACGAAGUCAGACAACGUUUUCUUGAUAUUUGCAAUGGUGAAGCAGACCCUGGUUUUAUGACGGUAAUGAAAGAUAAGUCUCUAAUGGAAACAGGAGCUAAAGGAGAACGUUUGAUAAAUAAAAUUCAGGACUUCUUGUUCGACGAUGUUCUUUGGAAAUACUGUAUUUAUCCUUCAGUGGUGGACAUUGUGGAGUGUAUUAUUGGUCCCAAUAUUACUGCAGUCCAUUCGAUGUUUUUAAAUAAACCUCCUGGUGGAGAUCCCAAAUUGUCUCUCCAUCCUCUGCAUCAGGAUUUGCACUAUUUUCCAUUCAGACCAGCCAAUAACAUAGUUGCGUCUUGGACAGCAGUAGAGAAUGUAGACGAAACUAACGGAUGUUUGUUUGUUGUACCAGGUACGCACACUGGGCAGUUGUACAAGCACGAUUAUGCAAAGGAUUACAAAAACAAAAUGUAUCACGGAAUACCAAACUUAGACCACUUGGUGAGGCUAACUGUGCCAAUGGAAAAGGGUGAUACCAUCUUCUUUCAUCCGUUGUUGUUACAUGGAUCAGGACCAAAUUUGACGAAAGGUUACCGCAAAGCUAUAUCUUGCCAUUACGCUGAUAGUAAUUGUCAAUUUAUUGAUGUUCGUGGAACGACCCAAGAAAAUAUUGCGAAAGAAAUAGAAGAAUUAGCCGCCAAAAAAGGAGUGUCACUAUUAUUUGCGGAUGUAUGGAAAUCCAAAAGUAGACUAGUUCGCGGAGAUCCAGGAAAUUUUCAAAAAUAUAGCAGCCAUCUUUAAUUAUGUUUAUAUAGGAUUGAUGCAUUUAAUAAUUUUACUGUCUUGCUUUUUCAAUACUUUAAGAAGUAUCGUGAGGUAUCAGAAAAUAAAAAUAUUAACAUAA